UCGGAUCUCUUCGACUGAGUCCGUAAACAGCAGCUGGUUAGCAAUACGAUCACCGGCAGGCAACUUGGGGCAGGUGUCCUCUUCGCUAAUGGUCGGUGUUUUUGGUCGAGAUUUUUUCAUUUUAAUAUUUUAGAAGCCUGUUUUUAAGGGGGGUCAACAUGAGAGGAAGGUGGGUGUGUGAAGAACCCCACCGCAGCAGCAGGAGUAGUUCCCCGUAUAGGCUACAGACCACUGUCCGUCGCCUUUCGUCUUGCUUAUCGUCUACUAGCUUAACUCGCUGUUAGCUUCACGUUGUGGUAGUCUUUUUGUAUUAUUAUACUCGCGUACCGUCCAUUCCCCCCCUUAUCUGACACUUGAGUCGGAAACAAGCCCCGCAACGAGGAGGAGCAUCACGCUGGUGUUUAUUACCUACUCGUCGUGAACGAGCAAACGGAGUCGAGACAAGACAGGCGGACAAGAGACAACAUGUUCGAGACAAGAGGAAUCCCUUUUGUGGUGCUCGACGUCGUCUGCCUCGUGCUAGUUGGACUCCCAUUCGUAAUACUCACUGCGCAACACAAACCUUUCCGCCGAGGCUUUUUCUGUAACGAUGAUUCAAUCAAGUACCCGCUUAAAGAGGACACCAUUUCCUAUCAGUUGUUAGGAGGUGUCAUGAUUCCACUCACAGUGCUCACUAUGAUCUUCGGCGAGUGCCUCUGCGUUUAUCUCAAGCGCCUCAAGUCCAAGUCGUCUUUCGGCACCUACGUGGCCCGCGUGUACAAGGCGGUUGGCACCUUCCUGUUCGGCGCCGCCAUGAGCCAGUCGCUGACCGACAUCGCCAAGUACUCCAUCGGCCGCCUCAGACCACACUUCCUGGACGUGUGCAAACCUGACUGGAAGCUCAUCAGCUGUUCAGCGGGCGUCUACGUCGAAAACUUCACCUGCACCGGAAACCCCACCAUGGCCAACGAGGGCAGGCUGUCCUUCUACUCCGGCCAUUCGUCCUUCUCCAUGUACUGCAUGCUGUUCCUGGCGCUCUACCUGCAGGCUCGGCUACAGGUGGACUGGGCCCGCCUGCUGAGGCCCACCCUCCAGUUUUUCCUCAUCGCCGCGUCCAUCUACACGGGCUUGUCCAGGGUGUCCGACUACAAGCACCACUGGAGCGACGUGCUGACGGGCCUUCUGCAGGGAGCGCUCAUGGCCAUCCUGGUGGUCUUCUGUGUGUCUGACUUUUUCAAGCAGCCUCUGGUCUCACUCAAGGAGGAGGACAUCGCCCACACCAGCCUCCAGGAGACCCCCACGAACGGAAACCACUUUGAGAGUCCCAACUAAAGCCAAAAAGGAGCAGGAGCGAAAGAACCGGACCUGGGAUGGUAGUUCUCCAGCUUUGGCAUCGCAUGCAGAGCGUGUCUUUUUUUUUAUUAUUUAAAUGGCCAAGGGCCGUGAGGAUGGCAAGCAUUUGAGCAUGAAUCUACUGAGUCGGUGGGAAGAUUGUACUGCAUGCACCCACUGGAGAGCAGGACUAGACCACUACUUUGGAUUGGGGAGGGUUGGGGGGAAGGGGAGGUUUGAACCUGUGAUUGUAAGCCUGCGUUGUGUAUUUCUUUACUGGGAGCCAAUCUGCUUCAAGCUCCCUCACUGAGGUUCACUUUGAGGUCAACUACUGCGUGUCCAUUAAAGGGCUAAUCGAAAGAAUGUCGCCAUGUCCCACGUGAUGAUGCUCCUCUUCGGUCAUCUUGACCCGGGACAUGCGAUGAAGACAGAAUUGACAUGUUUGUGUCCUGUGAUGCCUUCUUUGUGCGAUUGCUAUUGCUGCUGCCGCCGCAUAUCCCCAAAAAUGUUAAUAUAAACACACCACUAUGUAUGUUUGUCUCAUCUGUAUGUCAUCUGUUUAGCAUACAGACUUUUAUUGAAAAAAGUUAAAUAUGUACAAAUGUCUAAAACAAGAAAAGGAAAAAUAAAGCCAUUUCACUUAUUAACACUAACAAAA